AUUUUGAAAAUGUGUUAUAUUCGUAUUAUAUUUUUCCAUUAGUUAUCAAUGUCAGUUUGGCUUGAGUAUACAAACAAUCGCCAACCUGAAACACUUUUUGAUACAAAAAUAACUUUGUGGAAUAUAUUGUCAUCUAUAAUUAAUAAACGAGCAUCUCAGUGUGGUUUGUAUUUGGUUGGUUCGACAAUGAACGGUUUUGGUGGUAAUAUAAGUGACGCUGAUUUUUGUUUACUGACCGACUGUGCAACUUUUUUGCCUUCUGCUUCAUUUGACGAGUUUAAUCAUACUAAAGUCAGUGUAGGCCGGGCUUGUGGAAUUGAGCGCCUCCGAUGGCUGAUGAAUGUUCUUCAAGAGGAAAUUACUUUAGGAGAAUUUCAUGCUACUGAAAUGUAUAUUGUUUAUGCCAAAGUUCCAAUUCUUCGAUUUAUUUAUAAUGGUAAUAACAGUGUAGACGUAGAUCUGUGUUGUAAUAACGUGGUCGGUAUUCGAAACACUCAUUUAUUGUACUGUUAUUCUAAAAUGGAUUACCGCGUAAGACCUUUAGUAAUAACGAUCAAACGUUGGGCAUCUAAACAUAAUAUAAAUGAUCCAAAAAAUAUGACAUUAUCUAGCUACUCUUUAGUGUUGAUGGUCCUUAAUUUUUUACAGAUUGUUUCACCACCAGUUUUACCAUCAUUACAAUCAAUUUACACCAAAAAAUUUUCUUUAAAUGCUGACAUUAGAUAUGUAUACUUGCAUGAAAAAUUACCCAAUGAAUGGAUCAGCGAAAAUAAUCAAUCUCUUGGAGAACUACUGUUACAAUUUUUUGAGUAUUAUAACGACUUUAAAUGUCAAGACCUAUUCACUGUGUUAUAUGCAUUUCACUGAUAGUAGCGGUUCAGGUUGCUAAUUGAUCGACUAUGGUUUUAAUUCCGGAUUAUGGAGCUUUUGAAUUGUCACUGAAUAUGGAGCUUUUACCGGACGGGAAAACGCCAAUUAUCCAUGACAUCAUCGAAGACACCAAUGAAACCUUCGUUAAUUAAUUUAUAAGAUAUAUUUUAGUAUUAUAAUUGGUUCUUAUAUUUCUCUCUUAGGGUGUUUCCUUUACAGGAUUUUUUUUUAUUUUUAUUUAUUAUUUUUCAGCUGUCUUAGGUCAGUCUUAGUAAGUAAGUAGCAGUGCUAUGGAUCAGCUUCGCUUAGAACAUAGUGCUCUUGAAUCGAAAGUACAACACUUGAGCGCUGAACUACAAAAAGUGUCAAAAAUGACACCUGUCCGAUUAACUCAACAGUUACUCCUACAUCUUCUUUUACUCCAGCACCCAUCACAUCGUCUACUCAAUUACCCAUUAAUUUGAACCACACAUCUAAUUUUGAAAAUAGCCGUUUGUCUGUUUCUAUGCUUUCUGAAAAGUUUAAUGAUGUUAUACCUGAAUUUUCUGGUCAUGUGAAUGAUAUUCACCCUGAGUUAUCUUUGAGUCAAGUUGACUCAUAUUUUGAAAAUAUUAUUUGUACUGAACAACAAAAGAUUUAUAGUAUCCAGCGGAGAUUAGUUAGUACUGCAAGAUUUUGGUAUGAUGCAUUAAUUCUAUCACCACAAUCAUAUAAUGAAUUUAAAGUCAUAUUCCGUUCACAGUUUUGGUCCGAGGCUAUUCAAGAUCGAGUACAUGAUGUUUACGCCCAUACCGUUAUUUGUCGAACACGGGACUCUCCAUACAUGCUAUGCAAUGGAUUGCCAAAACUCGUUUCUUGAAUCCUCCAAUAUCACCUUCGCGUUUAGUUAAAGUUAUUUGUCCAACAUUUUAACGAACAUAUAUGUACUGCGCUUAAGGAAAGUGACCCAAAGACUACAUCAGAACACUUGGCUGUCUUAUCAAAAUUUGACAAUUCACUUUCAUUCCAUUCAACUACUGGCAAUAAUAAUACGCGUGGGUUGUCAAAUGGAUCAAAUGUUGAAGUCGAACAGAGGCCGAAGAAUGUCAACUAUCGUCGUCACUUCAAUAACAACAACAAUCGUCGGUUUGAAAGUAAUCGUGGACGUGGCAACGAUAGGAGUCGAAACCAAAGUUCCCCAGGUCAUUCUCCGGGCGUCUAGGUAUUUCGACUCCUAGUCGUUCGCUCCGUCGCACUGUCGAACGUCUUUCAGACUGGAGAUGAACCUUCUUAAUUAUAAUAAUAAUAAUUCUUGUUUUUCUUCACCGGAAAUUAAUAUUAAAAUAUUUAAUUUAAAUUAUCGCGCUCUUCUAAAUACAGAUGCUACAUGCUCUGCUAUUUCAGAGAAAGUUUUUCAACAGUUAUGUGAAACUGUUGACAAUAUAUAAUUAUUUCCUCAAUUACCUGUUACUGGAGUUACCAUCUCCACAGUUGUCGGUGGUUGUAGCAAAAAAGUUCACACUCGAGUUCUUUUGUCUUUAUUUAUUUCUGAUUGUCCCAUUGAGAGUAUUUUUCUUGUUGUACCGCAGCUAUCAGUACCUUUUAUUUUUGGUGAAGAUCUCCUU